ACAAAAUAAAAAGAAAAGAGAGGAAGAAAACGCAAGGGAAAAUCGAACUGCUGAUAUAUCUUUUAAUAAUAAAACACCAAAUAAUAUAUUACUCAAUGCUAAAGCAUCGAGUAACACACCACUCAAUGAUAAGGCUUUGGCACCAAGUAAUUUAUUAAUCGAUGCUGAAGCUUCAGCGUCAAGUAAUAUAUUACCUGAUGCUGAAGCUUCAACAUCAA